CGAUGGACACUUCUGCGCCCGGUUUUCCCGCCGGCAACAUGGGCGCUCCCGGCGGCGCUCCGCAGGAUCAACAGCAGGACGGCAGCGGCAAGACCACGCUCUGGUGAGUCCUCACCAGCGCCGUCACCGGGCUUCGCGAUGGUCGCGGCGGCCAUUGCAUGCUGGCGAUGACGGCGCAUUACAUCUGCCAAGGGCACUGAGCUAACUGGUGCGCAGGAUGGGCGAACUCGAGCCCUGGAUCGACGAAAACUUCGUCCGCAGCAUUUGGUACAACAUGGGCGAGAAUGUCAACGUCAAGAUGAUUCGCGACAAGUUCUCUGGUAAUGCCGGAUACUGCUUCGUCGACUUUGCCAGCCCUGCCGCUGCAUCCAAGGCCCUUACGCUCAACGGCACCCUGAUCCCGAACUCCAACCGCCCGUUCAAGCUCAACUGGGCGUCAGGUGGUGGCCUCGCCGACCGGAGCCGCGAUGAUCGCGGUCCAGAGUACUCCAUCUUUGUUGGCGACCUGGGCCCUGAGGUCAAUGAAUUCGUUCUGGUGCAGCUCUUCCAGAACAAGUAUCCUUCGUGCAAGUCCGCCAAGAUCAUGUCCGAUCCCAUCUCAGGAAUGUCCCGCGGGUACGGCUUCGUCCGCUUUACUAGCGAGGAGGAUCAGCAGAAGGCACUAUCCGAGAUGCAAGGUGUUUACUGCGGCAACCGACCUAUGCGCAUCUCAACGGCGACUCCCAAGAACAAGAGCGGCGGACCCGGCGGACCGGGUAUGGGCAUGCCCCCUGGCGGCGGCGGACCGGUCGGCAUGUACUCCAUGGGCGCUCCCCCAAUGGGAUACUACGGUGCACCGCAGCCGAUGAACCAGUUCACCGACCCGAAUAAUACCACUGUCUUUGUCGGCGGUCUCUCCGGCUACGUCACCGAGGACGAGCUCCGCUCAUUCUUCCAGGGCUUUGGCGAGAUCACCUACGUCAAGAUUCCGCCAGGCAAGGGAUGCGGUUUCGUCCAGUUCGUCCAGCGUCACGCUGCAGAGAUGGCCAUCAACCAGAUGCAAGGCUAUCCCAUCGGCAACUCUCGCGUUCGUCUCUCUUGGGGCCGGAGCCAGAAUAACUCUGGUCCGGCGGGAACCCCUUACCGCCCGGCGCCUCCCCCACCGGUCUACCCCUCAAUGGGUAUGCCACCUCAGCACCCUUACGGCAACUUUGCCCCUAUGAAGUAAGCAAUUUCUUUCCUUCAUUUGCCUUGCGCUACAGCAUGAUUCCACCCGGUUGGCCUUUCCAAUGACCCCUUAUGACGCCCAUAAUGACUCUAGCGAUCUGGUCUUCAUUUCUGUCCCGGGCGGUUCUCAAAAGUUUCAUUUGACGACACAAAUUUUGCUGGACGGUCUUAGAGGGUCUUUGUAUAACAGCUGCCCGCCGGUUCGCCACCGGCAUCGUACGGAAUUCGGAUGUAGCUAGUACUUCAGCUUGGGGUCGGAUGCUUUUUGCCUUUCUUUCUGAGUGCGCAAUGGUUGGCAUUCCAAUCGACAAUUCCUUCGAUGUUUCGUGCUUGACGACU